AUGGAAAUGCAUGGAACUUAUAAUCAUCAUAACUACAAGUUAUUGGAAACACCGGAACACGGUCUUAUCCACAAGAUAUGCGACGGAGCUACGGCAGAGACGUUCCUCGGAUUCGAAGAGAUGAGAACGGAGGCACUCACAGCAGCCGAAACAGGAGUCGUUGACGGGCACGGGUUCUACGAAGAAAGCUACAAACUCCUGCACGUCGUGGCUCAAUGCGACGGCCACGUUGAAGCCUGCGAUUGCGGCGAAUGCGUUGGUGCGGCCGCGGCUGCAGCGGCAGAAGAGUGCCGGUGGUCCAUCGCCGGUCAAAUUUACUUAGAAGGGUGCUACGUUGGGUAUACAUAUUACCCGCAUGAAUUUCCCGGCGAUUCAUACCACGCAGAAGGGACAAAAGCAAACACGGGGAAGUCGUUGGCGAUAGUUGUAGGAGGAGUAGCGGCUUUGGUCUUUGUUACUAUCUUUUUCAUGUUCCUCAAGAGCUUGCGUAAAAAGGGAGAUGGUACGGAAAUAUUCGAAUGUCUAUUGCAGAUUGUUGAAGAGAAAGUCUAA